AUGAGCAGCAAAGAAAAGAGGUUGAAAAACAGGACCUCCCUUGCACUACUGAAACUACCACCAGCAACACUGACAACAAAAGCAGUGGCACUAGUGUGAGCAGCACCAGUGCAGAGACAAGCAAGAAGAAGAGAAAAUGGAGCCAUAGUAGAAGCAGGGAUAGAAAGCACAGUCAUAGUGGAGACUGAGAUCGGCAUAGAUGGAGAACCAGUCAGAACUGAAAUUGUGACCGGCAGUGGCAUCAACAGCCAUAGCUGGGAUCGUCAACGUAGUAGUGAGUCACAAAGAUGAGACUGGUGGCUUGAGGACUCCGUCCACUACAGGAGUCCCCCACAUGCUACUGGAUAUCACCUGCAUAGAUAUGGACAUAGUAAGAGUCCUCAUUUCAGAGAGAAAAGUCCAGUCAGGGAGCCAGUUGAUAACCUCAGUCCCAGGGACUGUGAGGCCCGCACGGUAUUUUGUAUGCAGUUGGCAGCCUGCGUUCGACCUUGAGACUUGGAGGACUUUUUCUCUUCUGUCAGCAGAGUUCAUGAUGUCUGUAUCCUUUCAUAUAGGAAACCACAUCCUUCCAAGGGCAAGGGCAUUGCCUGUGUGGAAGUCUGUGAAAUCCAGUCUGUGCCUUUGGCCAUUGAGCUGACUGGGCAGCGGCUUCUAGGAGUGCAGGCCUCACAGGCCAAAAAGAACCAACUGGGCAUGGCCAACAAUUUGCAGAAGGGCACUGGUGGGCCAGCGCGCCUCUGUGGUUCCUUGCAUUUUAAUAUCACUGAGGAUAUGCUCCGAAGCAUCUUUGAGCCCUUUGGCAAAAUUGAUAAUAUUGUCCUAAUGAUGGAGUCAGAUUCCGGCCAAUCUAAAGAUUACAGUUUCAUUUCAUUCUCUGACUCUGAGUGUACCCACCAGGCUUUGGAACAGUUAAAUGGCUUUGAGCUUGCUGGUUGACCUGUGCAGGUUGGCUGUGUGACUGAGUGACCGGAUGGUGGCACAGACAUCACUUUUCCUGAUGGAAACCAGGAGGUGGAACUGGGAUCCACAGGUGGAUGUUUGCAGCUCAUGGCCAAACUGGCAGAAGGUAGAGCUGCUCUGCAAGGUGAAGAGCAAGAGGCUUUGGAAUCCAGCUCCUGACUAGCUGCUGCUGCUGCGGCUACCCAGGCUGCUGCCUUGCUACUGAAUGUUCCCUUAGGGGCCCUGAAGCCAGCAGCUCUGCCUGCUCUGAGUCCGGCCCUGAACCUCACCUCACACGCAGUCACCUCACAAUGCUUCCAACUCACCAGCCUCUUUACCCCCCAGACCAUGUGA